ACUGGAUCCUGCCUCACCAAAUAAAACUGUGGCUUCACGCGAAAUCACGCGUAACAGACAAUUAUAUCCCACUGAAACCGCGUGAUCCUGCCAUAUAAAUACCCAGCAAUCAACCCCCAACUGGAAAAAAUCCCUUGCCUCCCCUUCCGUUUCCUCAUCUUUUCCCUUCCAUACUGUCUCCGCAAAUGGACAAAACUCCCAGCGACUCCAAACAGCCGAUAGUUUCAUCUGCGGAGAUGGACGAAGUCGAGAAGGUGUUCCGGAAGUUCGACGCCAAUGGAGACGGAAAAAUCUCUCUAUCGGAGCUUGGCGCGAUUCUGAAUGCACUUGGCAGUAAGACAUCGCCGGAUGAGGUAAAGCGAAUAAUGUUGGAAGUUGAUACUGAUGGUGAUGGUUUCAUUGACUUGAAAGAGUUUGCUGCUUUUUACUGUCCGGGAGGAGCGGACAGUGAUAACAAAGAGCUUCGGGAGGCUUUCGACUUGUACGAUAAGGACAAAAACGGCAAAAUCACGGCGGCUGAAUUGCAUUCUGUUAUGAAGAGCCUCGGAGAAAAGUGCUCGCUCAAGGAUUGCCGUCGUAUGAUCAGCAAGGUGGAUGUCGACGGCGAUGGAUGUGUUAACUUUGAGGAGUUUAAGAAGAUGAUGAGUAGGACCUGACUUUUCAGAUUAUUAACUUAUGGAAUCAACGGUAGGUUUUAAUUGGAACCGAUUUCGGAACUCUGUAGAUAUUCUUUCUGUCUCUGUUUCUCCUGUUUGACAGAUUUCUGCCAUAGUUUUUGCUGUCAAUCCACUCUAACUGUAGUUAGGUAUGAAGAAAUUCCGAAUCAGCAAAAAACUUUACUAUUACUCCUAUAUGAUUUGGGUUAUCAGAACAAUUUCGAACGAUAAUUCCAAAAAGGUAAGAAUAAUAUUUUGCAAAAAUGAAAUUUCGUACUUCCUAUUGUGUUUUGUGACAUUUACUAUUGAGUAACGCGCAA